CAACACCAGUCGGUCACGGUGGUCCAGGCAGGGACACGUCAGGAGGCUUCAGAGGAGUUUCACAGACUAGAUUAUGGGGACUCGCUGAAGACCGUUCACCCUACUUCAUUAGGCAGCUUUCCACUGAAGUAACCGAAAGGCGGACACCAUGAACUACGUGGGACAGCUAGCAGGACAGGUUCUAGUAACCGUCAAAGAACUGUACAAAGGCAUCAAUCAGGCCACUUUGUCCGGCUGUAUUGAUGUUGUGGUAGUCCGCCAGAGAGAUGGCACAUAUCAAUGUUCACCAUUUCAUGUGCGCUUUGGCAAGCUGGGUGUACUCCGCUCCAAAGAAAAAGUAAUUGACAUUGAAGUGAACGGAGAGCCUGUAGAGCUACAUAUGAAGCUCGGUGACAAUGGAGAGGCAUUUUUCGUCCAGGAAGCUGAAGAGGAGAAUCAGAUAGUCCCUGCCCAUCUGGUUACCUCCCCCAUUCCCACUGAGAGUCAUCUAUUUUGGAUCUCAGAAAUGGAACAAAGGGUGCAAAAUGAUCCAAAUGAUGACCCUGCUGACCCUGAGGACCCUCCUGCUCCCAGUAAUACAGCUACAAAAAAAAAGAAAAAACGAAGAAAGAAGCACAAAGGAGACCCCCGUAGGGAAGAGCUCACCCCACCAAUGUCAGUCACUUCUGCUAACUCUGUUGCUGCUACACCUGCUGCUAUCUCUAACAAUGGGCAAAAUGAUGAGAUAUUCGAGAUGGACCUGAGCUCUGAUGAAGAAGCUGCUGCACAUGUCUCAAGGUCGCCUUCGAUUUCCACAAUACGUGACAUCGACCCCAAAUUACCUGCGGCCCGACCUAGCCUUGAAGGUUAUCCACUGUCUGAUGGCGAAUGGCCUCUAGGUGAUAGUCAUGGCUUGUCUCAGACCUUUUCCCCAAAGAGUGAUUCAGAACUUGUGAUGAGUCCUUCAGAGAGUUUGCUCAGAGCCGAGUCCCACAUGCAGUGGACCUGGGGAGAGUUUCCAGAAACAACCAGAGUCAUCAAGAAAGAGAAACCAGAACCACUGAAAACGGUGACCAUCACCCCUUCUGAGAGUACCCACUUUCGUGUUAUCCUCAGCUCAGAGGCUAUGGAGGCAGAAGACGAGACUGAAAAGGAAGAUGAUACUCCCUCAGUGUGUACUAUAGUCAAACCUGAGCCACGCACUCCCAUCACCACUGUAACAUCUGAUAAUUCACUAUCAUCUGUCAGCACCUUAACCUCCGUGAGUCCUGUAACUCCCACGGAGCCCUUGGAUGCCCUUACAUCCAGUGUAACAACCUCCACGCCUUCAAGUAGUCAACUGACGGAUUCACCUUCUAAGAAGAAAGGAGUCCCUAAAAGGAGUCAGCACCAGGGACCUGAAGAUAUCUACCUUGAUGACCUGAAUGUACUUGAACCUGAUGUGGCUGCAAGAUAUUUUCCCAAGAGUGAGUUUGAGGCAACAACCAAGCAUUGGAUGGACUCGGAGAUGCACUCUGGUUCACAAUCCCCUCAGUCUGUGGGCAGUGUGGCAGCUGACAGUGGGACAGAAUGUCUUUCUGACUCUGCCAGUGACCUCCCUGAUGUCACUCUUUCUCUGUGUGGAGGUCUUACAGAAAAUUCAGAAAUAUCCAAAGAAAAAUUUAUGGAACAUAUCAUCACGUAUCAUGAAUUUGCUGAAAAUCCAGCAAUUAUUGAUAACCCCAACCUGGUAGUAAAAAUAGCAAAUAGGUAUUAUAACUGGACUCUAGCUGCACCCCUGAUACUAAGUCUGCAGGCAUUUCAAAAGAAUUUACCGAAGGCGACAGAAGAGGCCUGGGUCAAGGAAAAAAUGCCAAAGAAGUCGGGUCGCUGGUGGUUCUGGCGAAAAAGGGCAGACAGUACAGUCAAGCAGUCGGAAACCAAGCCUGAAACGAAGGAGCAGUCUCAGUCAGACGAAGGACCAUCUAUACCUCAGCAAAACCUGCCUUUACCACCCAAAGCAGGGGAUACUUCCAGUGAUGAAGAGGCGAAGGAGGUCAGAGCUGCAUCCUGUCAAGAGAGGCUGCAGCAAGGAGACAGUCAGCACCAUUCCAGUUCACAUACAUACAGGAAGUCACUGCGUCUUUCCUCUGAUCAGAUAGCCAGUCUGAAAUUGAAGGAAGGACCAAACGAUGUGACGUUUAGCAUUACUACUCAAUACCAGGGCACAUGCCGCUGUGAGGGAACCAUCUACCUGUGGAACUGGGAUGACAAAGUCAUCAUUUCUGACAUUGAUGGCACCAUUACCAAGUCUGAUGUGUUUGGACAAAUACUUCCACAGUUGGGUAAAGACUGGACCCACCAGGGCAUUGCCAAACUGUACCACUCUGUGGCAGAGAAUGGCUACAAGUUUUUGUACUGCUCAGCUCGGGCUAUCGGCAUGGCUGACAUGACCAGAGGUUACCUGCAGUGGGUGAAUGAUGGAGGCACCAUCCUGCCACGAGGACCUCUCAUGUUGUCUCCCAGCAGCCUCUUCUCUGCAUUCCACAGGGAGGUCAUUGAGAAGAAACCAGAGAUCUUCAAGAUUCAAUGCCUUACAGACAUCAAGAACCUGUUUCAGCAUAACAAACAGCCAUUCUACGCCGCCUUUGGGAAUAGGACUAAUGAUGCUUUUGCCUAUAAGGAGGUUGGAGUCCCGCUCUGUAGGAUCUUCACAGUUAACCCCAAGGGUGAGCUGAUCCAGGAGCAGACCAAGGGUAACAAGUCCUCUUAUGGGAGACUCAGUGAGCUGGUGGAGCAUGUGUUUCCUUUGUUGAGUAAAGAGCAAAACGAGGCCUUUGUGAUGCCAGAGUACAGCUCCUUCUGUUACUGGAGACAGCCGCUACCAGAGAUCAACCCUGAUGAACUGCUCUGACUCAGUUCGUUUAAUCAACCUGGUAUAAAUCUGUAAUGCAUCUCUUGAGCACAUUUGGACUGGGACCCAUAGCACUUAGGCACACACAGCUCUGCAGUAAGUCUGACACAGAAACAGGGUUACAAAUACACAAAAACUUUAAAUGAUACAAAUAAAAUACUCUGUAAAGAAUGUUCCUCUAGGAGACAAUGGACACAGAAUACAAAUGCUGGGUUGCCACUGCAGUGACCAUUCUAUUUAGUACAGAGAUCUAGUCUGUCUGACUUUGAUUGAAAUGAACAUUUCCUUUCUACAAGUUUCUGUUGAGCAGAAUGAUUGUAUUAACCAUCAGGGGAGACACAGAAGCACCCUGUGAGGUGCUAAAUUUUGAGUUGAGCAGAAGAUGUCUUGUAUUUUACUUUAACACAUUUCCUAAACACCCCCAAAGAAGUGAAACAUGAUGGCUUGCUGUUAAUUAUAACGAGGAAGGCAGUUGACAUCAGAUGGAAGUGAAGUUACAUGUACGUUUGCCAAAAAUGGAAGUAUUCACCCCUUAAUUACUUGGAAGUAGCCAUGAAGCUUACACACUUGUUUGUUUCCAGGAGCCUACUGUAGCAAAGCAGCCCAAGAAGUUCAGUUCUAGCUGGCAUCCUUGAUGGUGGAACCAUUUUUUACAGGCUCACUUAUGGGUUUUGAACUGCAUACACAAUGAGUCAUAUGUUUUGCUUUAUUAUUAUUUUUUGGUUGUAUUUUUUUUAAGAUGAUUCAUUUGCCCAGAAUGUGAUUAUCCACACUUAGCUGUGACUUGUGGAUAAAAUGAAGCAGCUUCCUAGUUUAUUGUCUAGCUGAUGGUUUGACAUGUUGACAACACAGUCAUUAUUUAUAAUUGAAAUACUAAUGAUUUCUAUCUUAAAGCCUUUGCUUCUCUUCAAAAGUUACUUGCCACCAGUCUAAUGGGAAAUACUUAUAUUUUGUGUGGUUGGACUUAUUAACAUGCACUUCACAGGGCAUUGUACAAUCCUCCUUUCAUCAUACUUACAAGUCGUUUUUGUUUGACAGUGAAUCUUUUAAAAUGUACGGCACAUACAAAAUCCCUGACCUCAGAAUCCACCACUUUAGUAUUAAAAGGUGUGUAAGGUGAUGUUUGAGAUGUACCAGCAGAAAUAAGCAGAUCUGGAAUGAGCUUAAAAUGAAGGAUUUUCAUUUGGAAGGUCCUCUGUUGAAAAAAUAAUAUAAUGUGUGCGUGUGUGCAUACUUAAUCACUGCUGCUGUUUGGGUGACGGUUUCCUGCACCUCUUCUUCUUUUUGACCCCUCAGUGGCUUUACUGAGACUUGUUUGGAGCACUUUGUGUAAGCUGCACACCCUGAGACGCAGCCUUAAAGCCGAGCACACCUUGCACCCCCAUGCACUUCACUGACAGUCUUGGAAGACAAUUUAUCAAAGUAUGCAAUUAUUGCAGGAUGAAUAGCUCUAGUCUGACCUUUAUGUCAUAUCAGUUUUAUCUUCAAUAUGUCCAGAUGAGUAUGUGACGGUAGUAUCGCCACACCAUAGCUUCAGUAAGUGCGUUGGUGCAUUUUUAUUUGCACGAGAGAAGGCAAAGACUGAUUGUGUGCCUCGGAUAAAUAAAGGAAGAGAAAAUAGAUCUUGUUGGGACAUAAACAGGAAAUGCUUGACUCUGUUCAGGAAGCUUUUUGAAGCACUGCCAUGGCAUUUAUGUAUGACUUCGGAAAUGAUUCACCAACAUAGAUUAUAUCUCCCACACGGGUGUAACGUGAUGAGAUGUGCUUAAGACUGAAUAAGUACGAGCGAGCAGUGCCAGUCAAUGGGAACAAAAAAAAGCACAAUGUAUAAUGACAGCUACUUCUAGUUUAUCUCUUUUAGU